AUGGAGCUUCUGGAUGAGCUCGAGAAUCUGGCCGGUUUGGCACACAUGGCCGAUCAGGCCAAAGACUACCCGAACAACGAGGCAUACGACCUGAGCAUCAAGCGAUUUGAAGGUCUCUUUCAACCUUCCUCCUACCUCCCUCAACUUCCUCAUGCUUCUACUACCGGGGCCACCAUCACUCCCGUCGACACCACGUCCAGAUUUCUUGUCAAGCUAGAAGGUCCUUUGGACACAGCAUCCAAGAUCCAACAUGUCGCCGGCCUCUUAGAGCCACCACCCAUCCACAACGGCGUCAGCGAAAGCGGCAAAGCCGCCAAAUUCUGCCUGAUCAACGGCAUGACGAAGAAAUAUCUUCUCUCGUCAGUCGCCCACUCUUUCGACCCGACCUUCAUCCGCAUCAACCGCGCCCACAAGGAUCUCUCGUCCUACAGCUCCGCACCGACGCUCGGCUCCGACCGAGAAUUCACUCUUCCACAGUUCCGCACGACUGAUCCCAACUAUAACUAUCAGCCAACCCAAACGAACUACCCCGUUUGGUACUUCUUCUACGGCACGCUUGGGGAACCGGAGAUCUUGGCAUGGAAGCUCGCGCUGGCAGAGCGACCGGUUCUCACGCCGGCGGUGGUUCACGGCGGGUUGAUUAAAACGUGGGGAGGAAAGUAUAAGGGUCUGGUUGAUGGGCCUGAUUCAGCCACGGUUGAUGGCUGGGCAUAUGAAGUCGCUUCGGAGGAGCACGAAGAGCAAUUGCGGUAUUACGAGACGGAUCAGUACGAGGUGGUAAGAUGCGAAAUCCGCUUGAUGAAUGGCGAAGAGAAAAGUGUCAAGGGACUCACUUUUCGAUUUGUGGGGGAUGUGGAUUGA